AUGCGUGGAAGUCGGAUCCCCGAUGACGUUUGCCCUUAUGAUGGUAGAGUACCCCCACUUGAAGACGCCCCACUGACUGGUGUUGAUUUUGCCAUUGCGUCCACCAACUCUGCCCUAUACUCGAGAUUCUCCUCUAGCAUACCGGCACCGAUAAUGGCUUCGUGGUACUUUUUAGAUGUCACCAUAUCGUCUUCUAACUUCGCUAGACGACCUGAAGCAUAUGCCGGAACCCUUCGUUCUUUCGGUGCUUUUUUUAAAGUUGAAAAUCCAGAAGAUAAAUCAAUUAAAAGUAAAAUGUGCAAGACUUACUGAUUUGUCUGCUGCAGCUGCCGU